CCCAGGGAGAGCUGGUUGUAGGUUUCCGAGACAGAGAGAGAGGUCACCACCCACACAUAGCCUAACAGCGAAGUCUGGCGGAGAGGUACCAUGUGGGUCAUCGAGCCGAUCAAGCAGGCUAACGGUAAGGGGAACGAGUUCCGGAAGGCAGCGACGUCGUCGGGAUUGAAGCUCCUGGCGUUCUUCGCCGCUGUGCGAGUCGCUCACUACGCUAUGAACCGACCAAGAUGACGAGGAUGUUUUGUUGCGGUGGUGGUGGGAGGUGCCGCCGACAGUGGAAAACGUUUGUGGGUGACAACAUGGCGCGGUACGUCAUGGAACUGCGGAAAAUCUUCGUUUUCUUGGAUGAAGCAUUGCGUAACGCCAUUCACACAUCCCGCACGAAGGCGCCCUUUGUUGGAGGGGCAGGGGGCAGCACUGGGAUUGGCUGGUCCGCUCUAUCGCGGGUAGGCGGUUGUUGAUGGCCGUGAACCUUUUCGAUUACCGGAACGCGUAGGGUAGGUUGUGCGACGGCUUCUCGAUUCAAUUGGCCUGCACCGGUUUUCAAGGGCGACGUGAAGUAUUAACAAGCCCGAAAUAAAUCUGGAGCAGUAGUAGACCUUCCGCCAGCGUCACGAUUUUUUCCCCAGUACAUUCGGUCAUCGUGCGUGUCUCGUUCUUUUUUUCUUGCUCGUUCGCCUUGCCGACAAGGACGUUCUUGACAACAAGUUCUGUGUUGUGUUGGAUGUGUGAUUCCCCUCCCCCCCUCCAUCGGCCCGUUGUAUCGGGGGGGACGAUAGACUGUUUGGCGGUUGCGGUUGCAAUUGCGACCGUGCAAUUGGGGGAGGGGAGGGUAGCGUCUUUCAUGGGAUGACUUCGUCGUCAGACCAUGGUACUCUCUUGUCCCCACGAGAUCUGCCAGGAAUUGUGUUCGUUUGUCGCAAAUACGGGGUGAGGGGGGUUGAUUGGCAGCGAGGGCGGCAGUGACGUGUAUUCAACAGCAUGUGUAUUUUUCUUCUUUCUUCCAAAGUUAAGUUGCCAUUCAAGCACUAUCCUUAAAAGCUGUAAGACCGUACUGGAGAAUAACAUCAUCUCAGGAGUGGUUCUCUGCGUGAAGCUGUCGAAGUCGUGAACACUGCUGUCGUCAGGGUAAUCUUCCGUUUUAUGUGGACCUCGUUUGCGUCGUGCCUGUCAAGUGUUUCCCGGGUCUUUGCGACCAGGACGGAUGUGGGACCGUUGAGAAUCUUUGAUAUUAUCAACAACCACAGCCAAACACCAAAGAUGAUGCUGAGGACGUGCCCGGAGCGCUUGGUCUUAAGGCAUGCACACUGCAUAUUCCCGGAGAAUGAAGUGUCGACCCUCUACCGCAGUGAUUCCUCGCCCUUUACCACCCUUGUGUGCGGGUGACAAAUGUAACUGUUACAGCCGUACAUGUAUGCCUAUUUCACCGCGCACGGAUCCCGUGCCUACAACGCAGAACAGAACAUGUGCUAGACACGAUAAGGUGUUUCGGCUACUCCCCCCCAACGCCACACACAGCGACUUACUUCAUCUCCGGAAACCAAUAUCGAAGGCAAGCACGGCAGGAGGGGUGGAGGAGAGGAAACCUUCUGUGUGUCUGACCACGGAUUGGAGCUGCUACACGGCAGAAAUGCUGCGUGUUGUGUAGCGCUGAUUCCAAGUGAUGGAAGAAAAAAAAUCACGGAGUAACUGCGGCAAGUGAAGGGCACACACACUUUCCUCUAAAACACUUGAUGACAUGAUAGUUUUUCUCCAUGUGCGAAGGGUAAAGGGCAUUGAUGUCCGCAACAUUGCCAGCCAAAAAGCGACUAGCAAUGCCCCAAACCAAACACAAAACAAGAUAUAAAGACGGUGCCCGGCAACCCAGAAAAAAAAAAAAAUCCUACCGUACACCGCUCCACCUCCAUCUCAUCCAAAAGCUGUUCCAAACGCCUGCGUGUCAAUUCGAGAAUGCAUGUCAUAACAUGCAAGCAACUUGCUAUGCGGCCGUCGACGGUUCUGGUGCUAGUCCUGCUGACUCCCAAUCGAGAACUCGCCUUCUACAUCUUCGGUGCAGGCGCCGAUAGCGACACCCGAACCACUGUCGUACGUCACACAUGCUGCUGCUGCUGCU